GAGAGAGAGAGAGAGAGAGAGAGCGCACAGCUGCAGGCGCGCGCGUUCCUGAACAUGACUCGUGCUUCACGUGCGCGUUUUAUUCCUGACAACUGAUUUGGGAAGAAAAUCUUUCUGGGAAAAAAAAUAAAUAAAUAAGGGAAAUCAGUAAUCAGCUGUUUGCUGCUGAUUUAUUUCUAAUGUAAUGGAACAUUUUUCAGCGCGUCGGAGCUCAUAAGCAUGGAUUUAUGUUUGAAGAGACUCAGACAAGAACUGCUUUCUAUGAAAGAGGCUGGUGAUGGUCUUCAUGCUCAGAUGAACUCUAUGAUGGGAGCUCUUCAAGAACUCAAACUUCUCCAAGUCCAAACCGCACUUGAGCAGCUGGAGAUCUCAGGAAAAUCUUGUGUGGAUCCACCAGCUAAAUCCAUAAACACUCAGACUAAAGAUCAGCAAAAUCAGUCAUCGGAGAACUCUGGCCAAGAAGAACAAGUUCAGUUCCAUCAUCUACAUUCCAGGAGUGCGAGUACUUCGUCCUCUAUAUCCAGCCUAGAGAGUAAGGGUAUGUCUUUGCCUUGGAAGAUCUCAGGAUACACUGCACCACAAGUGGAAUAUUGUGGCCCAAAAGUGUGUGAAACACCAACAGACCACCAAAGCAUGCACCCACACUCAUCCCGAGUUACACCGGUGGAUCUGUCUGGGAUUCUUCAUAGCCUAUCUCGAGAGGGUCCAUCUUUAGACAGUGACUACAUCGAGGACACCUUGGAUGACUCCGGUGAUUGGACCUCCUCCCUCAUGAGCCGCAGUCGCAAUCGUCAGCCUCUGGUACUCGGAGACAACGUUCUUGCCGACCUGGUAGGCAACUGGCUUGACCUGCCUGAAGUAGACAAAGAAUGUGUUGAAGGGGGAAAGGGAAUCAACAGACCAGACUCCCCAGCUCAUCCACUCUACCUCAGCCGAUCCCAAGAGCUGUGCAAGAGAUUCUCACUCACCAGCAAUAUCUUUAAAAGGUUUCUGCGUAGUGUGCGACCUGACCGGGACAAAUUGUUGAAAGAAAAACCUGGCUGGAUGCCACCAGGUCAUGAUUCUGAAGGAGAGCUUUUCAAAAGACCCAAGAAAACCACCAAGGCCAAGGGUAGAUUCUACUUGCCGUUUUGGGCAGGGGGUGGACAGCAAGUUAAGGGUAGAUCGUGUCCUCAUCCAGCAGAGGACAGGAGCCAGGUAUUAGGACUUUACCUAGAUCAGGGACCUACAGAUGCAGUGGAAAAUGUUCAGCCUUUGCUUGAUUACAGUACAGCAGUUUGGGUUUAGCAAGGAAUUUCUGGGGAAAUUAUGGGGUAGGAAUUCAACAUGUGCGUAGGACUGAGUGAAAUUAAAAUGGCUUUGGAUUUUGACUUUAUCAAUGGAAAUCUAUUAAAGCCCUCAGGGUGUGAAACGAGAUCUUGUUCAGACAACGCACUUAACUGCACUUGACUCUCAAUGAGAAUACAAAUGCUCAAGACACUUCUGCUGAUAUGAUUAUUAGUUUUUAAUCUUCACCCUUUCUUGUUUUAAGAAAUGUCUUGCACACAAGUCUACCAUGGCAUCCGUACUGAAUUUCCACGGUCUGCACUGAAUUACCACGGUCUUCCUUCAGGGCAAGUAGAGGUUCCUCUUGGCUAUAAACUACUGUAAAACUGUUCAGCAUGUUUACUUUUGGAAUCUGUCUUUAGAGGUUUCAUUAUGUAUGGCACAGAUCUAUAUCUUGUUACAAUUUCAUAAAGACCUGAAUUUAGUAUCUUAAAGAAAGUUUGGAUUUACCAAGAGUUUAAUAUCACAUUUGUACUUACUCCCUGAAACUCUUUUUUUUUUUUAAUUACAAGCCUAAAUAUAAAAAUAAUCGGCCUGUGAAAAUCUUUGAAUAGACUGUAUGGACAUCUUUUAUAUACGAAAUACGAAGGAUAACAAUGCACAUGAUGUCACAAACAAAUAAGGUCUCCAAAGAAAUCCCUUUUUCUCAUGUACAGUGGACUGAGGUGAGAUUAAAAUUCAGACGGAUUCCAAAGACGAGGUGGAAUGGAAGAAAUAAUGGGACAAAAUUAAAAAUCUACAGCUUUGCUUGCUCAUGUUUGAAAGAAAAUCAAACCUAGACCCAAUUACAUUUGCUUGGACAUUCUUUUUUUGUAUUGACACAUGGUUUUAUAUGAUGUAAUUGUAUUUUAUAUUAGUCAGGACCUUGUGUAUGCAAACAUACCUGAUUGUGAAUAAGUUAGGAUACAUUUGGACAGUUUUUUACAUUUUGGUGAAUCGAGUAAUUCUGAGGGGAAACGGUGGCUUAGUGGUUAGCAUGUUCGCCUCACACCUCCAGGGUUGGGGGUUCGAUUCCCGCCUCCGCCUUGUGUGUGUGGAGUUUGCAUGUUCUCCCCGUGCCUCGGGGGUUUCCUCCGGGUACUCCGGUUUCCUCCCC